UGUCCGCAGUCUCUGGUCAUCCCCUGUACUGUGUCCGCAGUCUCUGGUCAUACUCCUGUACUGUGUCCGCAGUCUCUGGUCAUCCCCUGUACUGUGUCCGCAGUCUCUGGUCAUCCCCUGUACUGUGUCUGCAGUCUCUGGUCAUCCCCUGUACUGUGUGCGCAGUCUCUGGUCAUCUCCUGUACUGUGUCCGCAGUCUCUGGUCAUUCCCCUGUACUGUGUCCGCACGUCUCUGGUCAUCUCCUGUACUUGUCCGCAGUCUCUGGUCAUCUCCUGUACUAUGUCCGCAGUCUCUGGUCAUCUCCUGUACUGUGUCCGCAGUCUCUGGUCAUCUCCUGUACUGUGUCCGCAGUCUCU